GUCAAUCAGCGAGUUUUCAGACCCCUCCAGCGACUUUUGUUGGUAAAAAAGGUUAGCAGCUACUGUUCAGGUUGCCAUUGGGGAGUUUUGCCAACGGUUCGAGAGUUUCUAUGGUUUUGAUAGCAUUUAGAGAGUUUUCCCACAGAAAAUUCUGCCGCAAACGAGAGUUGGAGAAGCUGUCUGUGCAACGGAAGUUACCGCAACAGCGCACAGGCAGAGAAGCACAAGGGGAGGGGACGGAAAACGCUCCGUCGGGGACUGCAGCGGUGCCACAGCAAGGCAGGUUGGUGCUGUGACGUCGUCGCGUCAACUGAAAAACGGUAAAAAAAAACACCGCUGUCUGUCACGCGGUCCGGUAGACAGCGGAGAGAGAGAGAGAGAGAGAGAGAGGGCUUGAACAGGGGGACCAUGAUGGUGAUACCGUGGCUGCUUCUCCUUGAGAUGGGCUUAUACGCCAGUUCUUUCGUGUGUGGAAUAGUCACGGCAUCUUCUCUCACUAUCGUACAGGGUAGUUUCGGGGGGCUCUGUAUGCUCUAUGGAACAGUGAACCACAACUCCUCAUCAGGCUCCAUAUUGGUCCAGACCUCCAGCUCUCCUUCUCUCUGUUACUUUGUCUCUGCUAUCUCAGUGUGUGUAGCAGUGUUCUGCUUCUCUAUAUCACUGUACUGGAUAUAUACAUGCUGCCUGGAUGGAGGGGUUAACAGAGAGCGUCUAUGGCUGAACAUGACCCUGGUGGUGUGUGUCGUGUUUCUCUUCUUCCUCCUGGUGACGGGCUGUGUGUUGAAGGUCGGAAGAGACUCUCUGUGUGACUCUGUCCUACACGCUGUCCCCGACGUCACCAGAUGUGAACAGGCUCAGUCUAGGACCUGGAUCAGUCCUUACACGGGAACGCAGUUCUACACUGGACUGUACAGGUCUGGGACAGCAGUGUGGGUGAACUUCUUUUUCUGGAUUCUGAUUGGCAUGCUGGUGGUGAUCCAGAGAGGUCAAGGGUCAGAUUCCAGAAUGAUGACUCCCUCUGAGACCGAACGUCUUUUCCCAGGCCAGGCCCAGCAGCAGUGACUCAUAACCGUCUCGCCGUACGACCUGUUGGCGAGGCGCUCAAACACACACACACAUAUCUAACACUCCUCACUGUUUGACCUGUAAGAGAAUGAAUGAACCGUGUGUUUGAGGCUUGUGUAGGUCUCUCACACGGUCACUCGUCUACAGCUGUUCCUGGGCUCGGUGUGUGUGAGGCUGUGUAGGUCUCUCACACAGUCACUCGUCUACAGCUGUUCCUGGGCUCUGUGUGUGUGUGUGGACCUCUGGGUACUGCAGCCUAGUGAAGCAGAGAUGGUCUACACUGGAAUAAAGGAUAUUAGAUAAGGUAACGUGUAACGUCACUGUCCAUCUUGUUUUGAGACAGUGUAACUGAGAACAAUUCAUGUACCUUUUUGUGAAGCUCUUAUACAUUUCUCUGUGUUCCCUCCAUCCCUCUCUUCUGGGGCGGCAGGGUAGCCUAGUGGUUAGAGCGUUGGACUAGUAACCGGAAGGUUGCGAGUUCAAACCCCCGAGCUGACAAGGUAAAAAAAUCUGUCGUUCUGCCC